UACUUACUAAUUACCCUGGACCAAACUACCGAAUAUUUAACACUUUCAACCAAAUAAAAUUAUAUGGUAUAAUUAGACUAGAUUUGACAAUUAGUUUUACAUAACAUGGCAACAAAAAUUGUUUUACAAUAUCAUCCCUCUAGUGAAUACUAGAUGUAACAGUUUCAUAUGAAUUUGCAACUAAAAUUAUUGACAUUUAAUAGAAAAAAAUGUUUUGACAUAUAAACAUUAUAGCGGCUUCUGUCCUCGCUGAAAAUAAGUUUUUCUAAAUAAAUAAAAUUUUAUCAGAAAUUUAUAGUGUUAAAAAAGUAAUAUAGUAAUAAUAAACGAAAACCUGAUAAAAAUGACGUCUGCUGCUCCACCUCCCACUGUUACAACUCUAUUACCACUAGAAUUGGUUGAUAAAUGUAUUGGAUCUAGAAUUCAUAUCAUAAUGAAAAACGAUAAAGAAAUGGUGGGCACACUUUUAGGAUUUGACGACUUUGUUAAUAUGUUAUUAGAAGAUGUUACAGAGUACGAAAAUACAUCGGAAGGUAGACGAAUUACUAAACUUGAUCAAAUUCUUUUGAAUGGAAACAACAUAACUAUGCUUGUUCCUGGGGGUGAUAUGCCAGAUGCUUAGUUAAAGAAAAUUCACUACAGCUUUAUACAAAUGGGAAAAUUUUAUAGAAAAAAUAAAAACUAAUAUGAAAAAGAUAUUAAUUUUAUUAAUAAUCUUUUAAAUUGUCCAUUUUUUAAAUAUAUAUUUUGGCAAUAUAAUGUACGCAGUGA